UAGACUGAUCUUCGUCCUGUAAAUGAAAGACCCUCCCUUGUUGCUGCGACGCCUGUUUCUUCCGAGACCGUCAUGACGAGCGAUCCGCUUCAAUGAGACCUCAGGCUAUUCAGAGCAUCAUCGAUUGUGCAAACCUCUCUGAAGACCACUAGAGAAUCGCUGAAGGCAAGGUCUGAAGCUGCUCUGUCUGCUUUUAGUCGGAGAACACGGACGUGUAGCGUUUAAUUCCCGAAACACAGUAGGAGCACUGGAGUUAUGAAGGCUCGACGGAUGACUGGCGCUGUCCGUUCAGCACUACCUUGCGCCCAAUGACACCGUAAAAACACCUGCCCGACACCCUCAAACCCAAGCCGGGGGUCAGGAUAUUGGCUUACUAGAAGGACAACCUGUUUAGAAGUCAAGUGCAUGAGGUUUAUCGCUUUCCAUUGUUGAUUAGACAGUGGCACGGACAGUUUAACGGGCACCUGGCACGGCGGUAAACACAUCUGUAUUUUCUGAACAUGGGACCCAGUGGUACGACGAAGGUCCAUGGCUUGGAGAUAUGACUAGAGAGGUACGCGAUGGGACAAGGGGACGACAAGGAUCGCAUCGUGAUCAACGUCGGAGGAAUCAAGCACCAGACCUACCGCAGCACCCUGCGCACCCUGCCCGGCACCCGGCUCUCCUGGCUGGCGGAGCCCGACGCGCCGAACAACUUCGACUAUGAUGCGAACAUCGGGGAGUUUUUUUUCGACCGCCACCCGAGCGUUUUCGCCCACAUCCUCAACUACUACCGCACGGGGAAGCUGCAUUGCCCGGCGGAUGUGUGUGGACCACUGUAUGAGGAGGAACUGGCGUUUUGGGGGAUUGAUGAGACGGACGUAGAGCCGUGCUGCUGGAUGACCUACCGGCAGCACAGGGAGGCGGAGGAGGCUUUGGACAGUUUUACUGGGGGCGCUCUCGACCUCGGUCAUGACGACCCUGAGCCCGAAGGGGUCGUCGAGGCGGCUGAGGGGGAUGAGGGUGUCGAGAUGACCCGGAGACUGGCGCAAGGAGACUCCCCGGAUAACCGAUCCGGGCGAUGGAGCAGGUGGCAGAAGAAGGCCUGGGCGCUCUUUGAGGACCCGUACUCCUCUAAAUACGCACGGUGGGUAGCAUUUGCAUCUUUGUUCUUCAUUUUGGUGUCCAUUACCACAUUCUGUUUGGAGACUCAUGAGGCCUUCAAUCCCAUCAUCAACCGUACAGAGACCUAUAUGGAGGGCAAUGAAACUGUGGAGCGUAUCUUCCCUGAGACGGAAACUAUGGUGCAGUUAACCUACAUUGAGGGAGUCUGCGUUGUGUGGUUUACUUUUGAGUUUAUAAUACGAGUGACUACCUGUCCAAACAAAUUAAAGUUUUUGAGAAACACCCUUAACAUCAUUGACUUUGUGGCCAUCCUGCCCUUCUACCUUGAGGUGGGACUGAGUGGACUAUCCUCCAAAGCUGCGAAAGACGUAUUGGGUUUCCUUCGUGUGGUGCGAUUUGUCAGAAUUCUUCGUAUCUUCAAGCUAACGCGACACUUUGUUGGCUUGCGGGUAUUAGGGCACACACUCCGUGCCAGUACCAAUGAAUUCAUCCUCCUGAUCAUUUUCCUUGCACUUGGAGUCUUAAUCUUUGCCACUAUGAUCUACUAUGCCGAACGUAUCGGAAGAAACCCCAAUGAUCCUGAUGCUAGUAGCGACACGCACUUCAAGAACAUCCCUAUUGGCUUUUGGUGGGCUGUGGUAACCAUGACAACCCUCGGCUAUGGCGACAUGUACCCUCAGACAACAUCUGGAAUGCUGGUGGGUGCGCUGUGCGCCCUGGCAGGUGUGCUGACCAUUGCUAUGCCUGUUCCUGUAAUCGUGAACAACUUCGGCAUGUACUACUCCCUAGCCAUGGCGAAACAAAAACUACCAAAGAAAAAGAACAAACAUAUCCGACGACCACCUCUGCUGGGGUCUCCCAACUACUGCAGGUCAGCCGUUAACUCUCCACGACCCAGCACACACAGCGACACAUGCCCCCUGGCUCAGGAGGAGGUUUCAGAGAUCAAAUACCAAGAUUUUAAAGUGAACGGGGAGCCAUCCAAAGCUGCCCUGGCCAAUGAGGACUGUCCUCACAUCGACCAAGCGGUGUCGCCCGAGGAAGUCUUCAGUCCGGUGGACCGCGAAAGACCCUGCUUCCUGCUUACCUCUGGGGGAGAACGAGCCAACCACACUGGGGGAAGAGUCAGGAAGGAGACCCAGCGCGCCAACCGACGCAGACAACCAGCCGAGUCAGUGUGUGUAAUGAACCAUGGUGUACCAACCACUAUGUGUGUCAACCAUAAAGCCACAUCCCCCACCUGAUAGUACCGUAUUUAGCAUUGAUGUGUGAGUGUGUGUGUGUGUGUGUGUGUGUGUGUGUGUAAGCGCGUUUGUCAUAGAUUAGCACUUUGAGUUGUGACUGAGAAUUAAUUCAGCGUAGAUGUAGCACAGUAACCAAGAGAAGCUGUAGCUGUUCAGCCGUAUGUAGCGGUGUUUCGUUCGUGGUUUGGUGUGCUGUCGUGCUGUGCGAAGUGCCUGUUGUUUUUCCGUUCAUUGUGAGUGUCUGUGUUGUGUACGGUGCUUGUGUGUAGUGUUGACCUUUCAUUCAAGUGUUUGUUUAAAUGUUGUAAAAAUGUCACAUUUCAGUGGGAAAGAAAACAACAUCCUCUGUGAUCAUGUAUGAGUAGGGACAAAAAAAAAGUAGAGAUUGUUUUCCGUAUUUUUUGUACUACUGUAGAUACCAUGUAGAAAAUGCCUUUUGCACUGUUUGCACCGUUCACUUUUACAUUCCUUUCUGUAGAGCAAAUGACAGUUUGGUAUGUUUUGUAGCUCACAUGUUUGGCUGGUAACUUUUGAGAUGAGCCGCGUCCCAAUCAGGCGUGAUGUGAUUGUAAUAUAAUUUACACCCACAGUGAAAUCUUAUUGACUGAAAAUGUUGUGUUUGAUGUCUAAUUUAAGUCUACUAAAUUGUGAUUGGUAGUGAUGGGAAGUUCGAAGCCGACUGAGACCUUUGAGUGUCUUUUGGUUGUUUUUUUUGGAAGGACACUGUAUUCAGCUGGGAAAACAAGUAUUAAAGACGUCAACAUUUCUCUCAGGAAACAUAUUUCUAAAGGUGCUGU